AUGAGCCAGAACCAAGGCAGACAAACAAACGACCCACUCACGCCGCGUGAAUCAGCCCUUGCCAAAGAACUCAAACAACUACGCUCAAUCAAUACAAAGUUAACCUCAAUGGUGACGGCAAUAGAUUCAGUCAAAUCGAACAUGGCGGAGUUCAAUAAUGGCACUGCCAACGCUCUAAUCAUGAUGAAUAAAUGGAGCGACAUUAUAGCCCAAGCUAGUUUUACUCACGAAAUGCUCAAUAAUACCCAAUGGAACCCGCAAGAAGAAGAAGAAGAAGAAGAGGAAGAAGAAGGUGAUGAUAAUGGCUAUGACUCUGAGGGGAGGUAUUUGGAAUCACAAGACACACUCAGUUUCCAAGCACAGGAUAAGAACGAUGACGCUGAACUUGAAUUGCUACUGCGUAAAUUGAUGAAUUAUGAACUGGAAAAUUUGGCCUUGAACAAACGCUUGGAAAAGGAAGUGAUGGCAAAACAGGAGAGAAGGAAUACAGUGGAUGAAAUUGCUAACAAAAGAAGACGCGAGUUGGGACUAUUUGAUGGCCCGAGUUUGAAGAGGAAGCCAAUACGAUAG